AAGUAGGAUCCCUUCUGUCUUUUAGGUAGUGGCUACUGGAAAUUAUAAAUCGUAUUCUUUAAUGAAAAGUGCUAUACGUGCUGUGACAUUUUUUAACGCCUAUAUCACAAAUCUUGCAUCGAAAUUUCCGUCUAGCUGUUAGACAAUUUGAAUGUAGUUUGAAGUGAACCCAACGGUAAGCGCAAUAAGUUUUGAACGAGCAGAUGAUGUAUAGUAAAUCAUCACUAAAUAUGAUAUGUACGCGUGUAUUUCAGCAGCAUGUGGUGUAGGCGUGUGGAGCCUGAAAACUAAUCGAAGUGCAUACAUUCAUAUUGUAGCUCGUCACAGACGCGGCUUCAAUUUUAAUAUCGCUAACUCUAGUUACUAGUGGUUUAAUUUUUGUGUAGUUGAUGAAGUAUUCAUCAGUGUUGUUUUCUAUGAAAAACUUUGAAAUUUUGUGGCCAGUUAUUAAUUGUUUGUGUACUAGAGUCGUCGAACAGCGCUGCCAUAUACUUGAGAGAAUGUAAUCACAGUUAAACCAUCCGAAGUUCUUUCUGUCUGGUCUAUACGUUCUUAGAAGAACAUAUAGUUGCAAAUAUAUUACUGUCGUGUUGAAUCUUCUCGUGUAAAUGUUCUGUGAUCUAAGGAUGUUGACAUUGAACUGUCAACGAACGAAAUAUUUGGUGUUUCGUCAAUAUUCUGAUAGUAGCUUGUGUGCUUCGCCCGCCAACUAUAUCGCUGCCUUCAUUUAAGCCUUCUAUAUAUUCUCCUUCCUAUAUGCCUUUACUUGCACCCUCCCUAUAUAUACCUGUGACUUCUGUUGCCUCUUAGUCGGCUUCUUGCUCACAAUAAGCAGCACUUAAUCGCCGACUUCGUUCGUCUCAGCUAAGGGACCAAUAUCGGUAACACUCUUAUUGUUACAUGCGAUCGUAUUUUUAGAAUUUUUACCAAGUGUGUGCACGGUUGUCGUCCUGAAAAUGAGAUCGUUUAUUUUGGUUGAGAUCUCGUGCGAUGGAAUUGUUGAGAUUUUCAAUGUGAAGUAGCUUUGCGGUAUAGGAUUAUUUAGCCUUACCAAUUCCGCUCCCCUAGAAUCAUCUCUGCUCUGGGGCACGUAUAUAUAAAGCCUCUAGUUGAUAGAACCAAUCAAAGAGCUUGAAAGUUUUCCCGUCCUCAAGAAUCAAUUUGUGCCGAGGUUUCUACUGCUCAGCGCGUGGGCUUUCUUUUACGUCGCUUGCUGAAGUAUGCAAUUGAUUGUAAACUUUUAGACUUGAGUGAGUUGGUGAAGAAUUGAAGUGGUGGCCUACAGCACCGAAUGGUUCGUGUUGGAGGCUUAGUAGGCAGCAUGAGUGGUGACAAAGUGACUCCACGUGACAGCUCUAGUCCCCACAACGCACUUCUCGUCGAAACCGGUAAAGACGGUCCGCGUACGUCGGUCUGGGAUCCAAAAGAUGGACAGUCGGGAUGGACCGAUGACAGGUCUACGAAGGAAAGGAGAGAGACCCUUCGUUGGGGACUGAAGCUGUCGCUAGACCAAGAGUCGAACAAAGACCGCGAAGAAGGACCUCACACUCACAGCACCAACGGCAUGCAGAGCGUCCCUAGCGCCAACGGCGCUCCUGGCCGUAAAGGAAUUGGCAAAGAGGUGCUGUCACUGGGCGCGGAUGUCAUCCCAGAGUACAAGCUGCAGUCUCCAGACAUCCACAAGUGCACAAUCCUGCACUACUCGCCCUUCAAAGCUGUGUGGGACUGGAUUAUCCUCAUCCUCGUCAUCUAUACGGCCAUCUUCACGCCCUACGUCGCUGCCUUCCUCUUAAGUGAAAUCAAAAGCCCAAACGAACAACCCUUCACCGACCCGCUUUGGGUCAUCGAGUUAUUAGUGGACAUCAUGUUCAUGGUGGACAUAGCCAUCAACUUCAGGACGACAUACGUCAACCAACAGGACGAGGUUGUGUCAGACCCUCUGAAGAUCGCUCUGCACUACCUCAGAGGCUGGUUCAUCAUAGACAUGGUGGCGGCCAUUCCCUUUGAUCUGUUCUUCGUCGCUGAUAACGAAAAGCCAACUCCAAAAGUUGAGAUGCUAAAUGAGGCCGACGCUGGAGAAGAAGACAAGCUUCAGUUGAAAUAUUCCGAAUACGGGGCCGCGGUGCUGCUGCUGCUCAUGGCCACUUUUGCCUUGAUAGCGCACUGGCUCGCCUGCAUUUGGUAUGCCAUCGGUUCUGCUGAGCGACCUG